GGUUUUUUUUUUUUUCCAUACCUUAAUCUUUCGCGUUCUUCUGUCCUACCUCCCCGACAAAAGCAAAUUGACGAGAGAUGAUGAAUACUGCUGACCAGUAUUGCCAAAAUCACAGCCACUCAUUCCUGUCCCCCAACAAUGAACGUCGCUUAAGUUGACUGUACGUUCAAGGCUCGGUCGCGCUUUCUCAUCGUUAAGGCUCAGAAGUUCAUUCUUUUUGCCCGAGAAGGCCUUUCUCACUCCCUUGCUCUAUGUACACUAUCCACACGAAAUUUAGAAGGGCAGGGAACCCGAUCUCUCCUACAAGACGAGGAUCCAAACUAUAUGGGCUUCCAUGCCAGUACCCGGUCUGUAAAAGUUGUUUGCGCCUCCGCGCUUCGGCUGAUUUCUUGGCAACUGGUCAACUCAACUCCUCAUCCGUCAACAUCAUGUCUGGUAUGCCCCCUCGGAUCGAAAACCUCCUCCCGCUCUCUGGGCACACCAACGAGCCCUCCAACACGUGCACGUCGAACAAUGCCUUGUGCAAGGCCCUCAAGAAAGCCUCGUCCUCUCCCAAUGUCGUGGAAUAGGAGGCGGGGAAAGCUGCCGCAUCUAGCCCCAAGUCUUCCGCAGCCGACCGCAGCC